CAAUAAUGCGCCUCAUCGUACUACUAUUAGGAAAGUAGAUGUGUAUGAAAUCCGCAAUGGAAGGAAUCCCAAGAAUAUGGCAUCUGAGACGUUUCUUUUUAAUCAUUCUCAUCAUUUCAUCGGAGAAAGUUGUUUGUGGAGCUCGUCCAAAUAUAAUUGUCAUGCUCAUGGAUGAUAUGGGAUGGGGAGAUCUUGGUGUCUAUGGCAACCCAGCGAAAGAAACUCCAAACCUGGAUCAGAUGGCAGCAGAAGGCAUUCUUCUACCAGACUUCUACUCAGGGAAUCCUCUGUGCUCCCCAUCAAGAGCAGCGUUACUGACUGGAAGACUACCUAUUCGCAAUGGGUUCUACACAACCAAUGAACACGCUCGUAAUGGCUACACCCCUCAGAUCAUUGUAGGAGGUAUACAAGACGAUGAAAUAUUACUUCCAGAGCUGCUUCAGAAAGCCGGUUACAGGAACAAAAUUGUUGGGAAGUGGCAUCUUGGACAUCAGCCUCAGUUCCAUCCUUUAAAACAUGGAUUCCAUGAAUGGUUCGGAUCGCCCAACUGCCAUUUUGGACCUUACAAUGACAAGAACACUCCCAACAUCCCAGUAUAUCAAGACGCUGAGAUGGCUGGAAGGUAUUACGAAGAGUUUGCUAUUGAUAGGAAAACGGGAGAAUCUAAUCUUACACAGCUUUAUAUCCAGGAAGGAGUCAGCUUUGUAGAACAGUCUGUGGCGGCUAAGCAACCGUUCUUUCUAUACUGGACCCCUGACGCCACCCACGAACCCCUUUAUGCCUCCAAGUCUUUCCUGGGGCGUAGUCAGAGAGGAUUGUAUGGGGAUGCUGUGAUGGAGUUGGACUAUGGUGUAGGCCAAAUUCUGGACAAAGUCCAAGAGCUUGGGAUAGCUAACAGUACCUUUGUCUUGUUCACGUCUGACAAUGGUGGCGCUGUGUAUGCUCGAGAAAGCGGUGGCAUCAAUGGGCCAUUCUUGUGUGGGAAAGAGACUACCUAUGAGGGUGGUAUGAGAGAACCAACUAUAGCCUGGUGGCCGACUCACAUCAAACCAGGAGGGGUUACUCAUCAAAUUGGCAGUGUCAUGGAUAUUUUCACCACCGCUCUGAGUUUGGCUGGUAUCGAUCCUCCAAGUGAUCGCUUUAUUGAUGGGGAGGACUUGUUGCCAGCCCUGCUCAGUGGGACAUUGGAUGCCAACAAGACGAUGUUCUAUUACCGUGGUAACGAGAUGAUGGCGGUCAGGCAUGGGCUGUAUAAGGCACACUAUUGGACUUGGACCAACUCCAUACAAGAAUUUAUGAGCGGAGUGAACUUCUGCCAUGGCGAAAAUGUGACAGGGGUCAUGACCCAUGACCAGGUCAACCACACCCUCUCUCCGCUCCUCUUCCAUCUUGGACGUGACCCUGGAGAAAAGUACCUUAUCAAGGACACAACAGCAGAGUAUAAGGCAGUGAUGCCUCAGAUCACGCAGAUAGUAGAAGAUCACAAGACCAAUCUUAUCCCUGGUACACCUCAGCUUAACAUGUGUGAUAAUGCUGUCAUGAAUUGGUCCCCUCCAGGUUGUGAGAAACUGAAUAAGUGUCUAAAAGGGCCUGCAUCUGACCCACAUAAAUGUUAUUGGCCUCAUUGAUUAUUUGCCUUCCAUCCACUGGGGCCCUCUUAGGAGUGUGCUAUCUAUGGAAAGCCAACAAUGUCAUAUCAUCUAAAAGGUGUACAUAAUAUAAAAUGGUAUGUCAACGCUCAAGUUCUAUACUUGAAUCUCCAUGUUUUAGAUGACACAAUUACAGUGUUAUUGGCAUCCCAGGUAGAGAUGAAUUUCAAUUGAGCCAAAGUCUUUAUUAUAAAGGCUUUUAUUUUUGAUCACCACUUUGCAUGGUGAUUUAUAAUAGUGCAUGGUCUAUCUUGUACUAAACUAGAUUAGGGGCAUAACAAAUACUUUGUUUUUCAAAAGUCAAAGGCCUAGGCUUCCAUUUACGUGUCAUUACAUUACUGCAUUGUGAAAAUCAAGCACAAAAUGCUCACUUGGACUUGCAAUAUCUUUUAUUAUUAAGAUUGUAAACAGUAUGUAUUUAAAGAGGAGAAACCGGGAAUAUUACCUUGUUAUUGGGAGAACAUUUGUAACAUUGUUUUCUUUAUAUCAGAAUUGUUACGUUUUGACACUUGUUAUUAUUACAUGUAUCUUGUUACUUUUAGGAAGUACUAUUAUAUGUGCAUUCACUAUGGGCUUCCAAAGAGCUCAAAUUGCUGAUGCUUAUAUGUGAAGUUCAUGGUAGCAUCAAUCCAAACUGAUCAGCAGAAAACUGAUAUACACAUUAUAUAUGUUAUAUAUAUAUAUAUGGAAAUAAAGCAGUGAAAAUUUUGAAAAAGGAUAGAAAAAUUAAUGAAUAUUUGACUGCAGAUUUGAAUUGCUACCAAAAAUAAAUGACAAUUUUGAAUUUCUCUAAAUUUCAUUGACUUGCUGUUUUCAAUUUCAGCUAGGAAUUUAGAAUAAACUGCCAUGGAAAUAUAUCUGAAAUUUUUGGAAGCGAAUGUAGUAUUUUUCUAUCUGUAGUUAUCAAAUAUCUUUUAACUUAUAGUGUUAUGCAUGUAAAUAAUGAGAAAAAUAGCUAGUAUCGCUGCAGGUUGGUGGCUCUAUCUAAUUGGGUAGUUAAAAUAUCACCUGAUUUCGCACGAAUGAUCACCUGGGCGCCGUAACACAAAGGUUAGCGAUUAAUCGCUAAAUGAAAUGACCAAUCAAGAUCCUCGUUGCAUGCACAAUUUGCUAAGUAGACUGACUAUGAACCAAUCAGAACUAUUCUUUGAAAUUAGCGAUCAAUCGCAAACCUUUGUGUUACGGGACCCAGGUCUGCUGUUGUUCAAAUUUCAAUUGGUAAUUCAAGAACAGGGAGAGUGGAGGUUCUAACUAGUAUUAUAUUCUGAGUGGUGUAUUGCCUCAGCAUACUCGUAAAUGCAAUACAAGGAGUGGAUGAUAAUAGACAAGGAGUGUCAGUGUCAGUAUGAGGACAAGGUGCUCAUAAA